GCAGCAACAAAACGUUCUCUUGUGGUUGUAAAAAACUUGAAAAAAACUUAAAAAACUUGUAAAAAACUCGUGUGUUAAUUGACAUGUAAUCCCCAUUUUUGAAUUGUGGACAGCAAGCCGCCUUUUCAACGACUGCACACAAUUUCCAUUUCCCCCACCCCUUGACCAUUUUCUUGGCGUAGUGUCAGCUGGUGUCAGCAUUUCAACACUCAACAGCAUUUUGUGCUAUGUUGUAGACAAUUUGACGAGUCAAUUCAGUUGGAAUAAAAGGGAAUGAUGAAUAUGAGCUGUGGAUCAACAUGUUCUGAAUGAUGUAGUGCAUCUGGAUGAAUUGUGAAUAGUGGAGUUGAUGUGCCCCUGAGGGUUACUAGUGGUGAAGUGGUGGCAAGUGAUUAUUGCUAGUUGUUUGAUGAUAAAAGCUAUGGUGCCCGUGCCGAGUGAACACGGCCCCCAGGUCGACGUGAUCUUCGUGAUCGAGGGAACAGCUGUGAAUGGAGCUUAUUUGAAUGACCUGAAGACGAAUUACUUGAUUCCAACGGUGGAGUACUUCAGCCAGGGGACUAUCGAGGAUCGGGAAUAUGUUUCGGAGAACAGUACGACCCUCUACGGCAUAGUGGUCUACCACGCAGCAGACUGUCUCCCCUCCCCCACAACGACAACCCGCGGCCCCUUUUCGAACCCCCACAAGCUCCUCUCCUCCCUCGAGCGCCUAGAGAUGGUCGGUGGCAAGGGUGAGUCCCACGCCAACAUCGGGGAGGGCCUGGCCACCGCCCUCCUCUGCUUCGAGGACCUCCAGAUAAAACGAGAGCCCACCACAAACUCCCAGAAACACUGCAUCCUAGUCUGCAAUUCCCCCCCUUACCAAACCGUCGUCCAAGAGUCCCACAAAUUCGCAGGGCACACAGUUGAGAAUUUAGCUGCAGUCUUCCAAGAGCGUGACAUAAUCCUCUCGAUCCUGUCCCCGCGAAAGAUCCCAGCCCUCUUCAAGCUCUUCGAGAAAGCUGGGGGUGACCUCCAGACCUCCCAGACCAAAAACUACGCUAAAGACCCCCGCCACCUUGUGCUCCUUCGUAAUUACAACCUGAAAGAACGUCCAGUCAGUCCACCAAUUGGUGGACCUGUCCACCAGACAGGUGCCAGCGCUGCCCAGAUCCCCUUGAGUCCACUGCAAAGUCACGACAGUCCCAACACCAAUCAAUCAGGCCAGGCCCUGUCGCAAACAACUCAGUCCCAGACACCGUUGAACCCGGCGUUCAGGAGUCAGGCACCAGCAACCCUCAAUUCCCAUCAAUCUGUGGCACCUCCAAUCGGCCCAAUUAAUCCUGGACGCCCUGUAUUCAAUCCACAAUUGCCUGGACCUCCCAAUUACCACGCAGCACGAGCUGCACAGCCCAGGUGGAAGGGCCAGUUCAUCCCACCAGGUGGUGGAGCUGUUCAAAAUAACAAUCAGGGAAGUGCCCUCAUUGCACAGCUGACCCAGCCACCGUCCUCCCUAGGCCUGAAUAUUCAGUUCAACCAGAGGAUGGAUGCCAAUGGGGCUGUUAUGAGCAAUCAGCAGGGGCAGGGGAGCAAUCAGGCCAAUCAGUCGCCCAUUGCUGGGGGAAAUCCCUCGCAGGGACAGGGCCAGGCUCAGGGACAAGCCCAGCAGACGCCGCCGCAGGGGGCGCAGGGGCAGGAGCAGAACCAGGGGAUGCAGACGAUGAAUCAACCUCCGCCUGGACAAAAUCAGGCCGUUUCCUCCAGUGUCAUGAGUCAGACUAUCUCCAGUCAGGGACAGCAAAGUGUGGCUGGCAAUCUUCCACCGGCUGUUUCCUCUGCUCAACAGAUGAGUCAUCAGGGCCAGAAUGUUGGGGGGAUUCAGCAGGUCUCGCAGAUUGGACCACCUGGGAGGGAGAGACCCACCAUUUGGCACGGGAUCCUGGAGUGGUCGGAGAAGGCGAGGAAUCCUACGGAUCCGCAGAAGCAGACUCGACAGGUUCCUUGUCAUGUGUCUGCGAAUACGAAGGAUGGAGAGCCCGAGUUGAAGGCGGACUCUUGGCCUCCGAAGGUUCUUCUGCAACUCGUGCCGAAAUUGUUGAUUGGGAAUAUUGGUGGGGCGUAUCUGAAGAACUCCAAGUCUGUUCUGUUCCACCCGACUCCCUGCGAGGCCCUGGACUCCUUGACGAAGGUCAUGAGCGCUGGAUUCGCUGGAUGUGUGCACUUCCCUUCGUCCCCGAGUCUUCCCAAUUGUGAUAUCAAGGUUCUCAUUCUGCUCUAUACCGCGGAGAAGAGGGCUUAUUUGGGGUUCAUUCCGAAUGAUCAGUCUGGCUUCGUCGAGCGUCUGCGGAAGGUCAUUCAGCAUCAGAAGAAUAAUCAAGCUCUUUUGAGGCAGAAUCAGAUAUAUUCACAGGGAGGCGCUGGGCCACCAGGUAACAACGUACCUGGCACACUUCCCGGAACAUCACCGAUAUCUCAAGGAGGUAUUCUAAUGUCGCAGACUAAUACAAUAGCCAUGGGAGGUGGACAAAUCACGCAGAACGUUGUGCCCACGAAUAAUCCCCAGCAGGGAUUGGCUAAUUCAACCCCUCAAAACCAGAUAAUCCAUAUACAGUCGGGGGGAAUGCAGCAGCAGCAACAGCAGCCGAGCGGUGGAGUCCAGGGGAUGAUGGUGCAGCAGCGGCCGAAUUUCGAUGGCAUGGACAUGGCUAGACAGCAGAAUCUCAUGAAGAUUCAUCAAUUGAGACAGACACUUGAAGCUGCACAACAGCAGGAGGCUCACUACCAGACGCAGCUAGACACCCAACAAAAUCUGGAGGCUGCGCAGCAACAGGAAAUGCAGUACAAAUUGCAAAUGGAGAUCCAGCAGGCGCAAAAGGCAUUGAGCGCAAAUUCGGGAAUCAUUGGACAACAAGCCAAUACCCAGAGGAUGAUGCGACCUGCUAUGACGAAUAAUCUUGGAUUGCGAAAUUUAUUGCAGCAGCAACAACCCCAGCAAUAUAGGCAACAGGUUCUUGGAAUGCCGCAGCAGAUGGUGGGCCCACGAGGGCAGAUGGGCACGCGACCAAUGGCACCGACGAAUCAACAGAAUCAGCAAUUCGACGAUGUUACCAAUUACGAUUUUAUGCCUUGAGAGGUUCUCUCUCAUUAAUGAUGAAAUACUGUUUUCUGAUUCAGUGGAGAACAUAUUGUAUUAGAUUUUAUAUUUCUAUUAUAUAAAUGUCAAUAACUGCCACAGAAUAAACAAAAAGGAAUUCAUUUCAUUCUCUGA